AUGCGCUCGGGAUGGGGCUUCCAACGCAAACACAUGAGGACGAGUAGGCAGACACUGCAACACAAGGAGACAUGUGUGCCCAGGACGCGGCCCACAAACAACCAGCUUUUAUUCAAGGCGUACUUGCGAUGGCGGAACUUCCCUAAGACGGUGCGUGACAGCAAAGCGCAUCUGCCAUCAGAAACGGAUGCAUGCCCCAGUGUGACAGCUGCCUUCCUGCAGGUGCUUGCUGGCCUGCAGGAUGCUGAAACAGUCAGAUCUGGUCACACCCGGAACAUCUUUAAGGUGAGGCCAAGACGCUGGAAAGCACCCAUCUUUCGCCACUGUCACAAACGCAGCUUGAUGCGCCCUCAACAGAAGGCGCAUCCCUCACACAAGGCUCGCCGCCGAUGGCAUGUUACCACAACAG